AAUAUUCGAUGCUUGACUAUGUUUGGUCAUUUUGGUUUUGAAUGUCUGCCUCAUCAAUUGGUGAACAAGUCCAUCCAACAAGGAUUUUCCUUUAAUGUUCUUUGUGUGGGGGAAACUGGAAUUGGAAAAACAACACUGAUUGACACAUUAUUUAAUAUUAAUUUGAAAGAAAAAAAAUCAUCACAUUUUUAUACAACUGUUGGACUUAAUAUACAGACAUAUCAACUUCAGGAAAGUAAUGUUCAACUGAAAUUGACAGUUGUCGAAACAGUGGGAUAUGGUGAUCAAAUGAAUAAAGAAGGCAGCUACCAACCAAUAGUUGACUACAUUGAUGCUCAAUUUGAAGACUAUCUUCAAGAAGAAUUGAAAAUUAGGCGUUCCUUCAUAGAAAGCCAUGAUUCUCGUAUUCAUGUGUGCCUUUACUUCAUUUCUCCUACAGGACAUACUCUGAAAUCCAUUGAUCUAGUAACCAUGAAGAACAUUGACAGCAAGGUGAACAUUAUACCACUUAUUGCCAAAGCAGAUACCAUUUCUAAAAGUGAUUUACAAAAAUUUAAAUGUAGGAUAAUGAGUGAAUUACUUAAUAAUGACAUCCAGAUAUACCAGUUCCCUAUAGAUGAUGAGACUACUGCACAAGUGAAUGCCUCUAUGAAUGGGUACUUACCUUUUGCUGUAGUAGGGAGUAUGGAUGAAGUGAAAGUUGGAAAAAGAAUAGUCAGAGGCCGUCAGUACCCUUGGGGAGUUUUACAAGUGGAAAAUGAAAAUCACUGUGACUUUGUUAAGCUUCGAGAUAUGCUUCUUUGUACAAAUAUGGAAGACCUAAAAGACCAAACUCACAUUAGACACUAUGAACGUUAUAGGAACCUCAAACUGCAUAAAAUGGGUUUUAGUGAUGUGGGUCCAGACAACCAACCAGUUAGUUUUCAAGAAAUAUAUGAGGCCAAAAAGCAGAAGUUCUAUGAUCAAUGUGUAAGGGAAGAAGAUGAAUUGAAACAAAAGUUCAUGCAAAGAAUAAAGGAGAAAGAAAGAACUUUAAAAGAGGGUGAAAAAGAGCUAAAAGAUAAAUUUGAACAUCUUAAAAGACUCCUACUAGAGAAGACAAGAAAACUUGAACAGGACAGAAGACAGUUGGAAGAAGAAAUAAUAGACUUUUAUAAAAGGAAAGUUGCUUCUGAAACACUGCAAACUCAAGCGUACAUCAAUAUGAAAAAGGAAAAAGAGCGUAAGAAAUAG